CGAUUCUGAAACAAACAUGAAGACCUUUAUUCUUUUGGCAUUCUGUGCUCUGGCCGCUUCGGCUUACCCCGUGAAUGAGGCUGACCGCGUCAAUGGCGAGAACGGCUGGUACGUUCCCCAGCAGGACGGCAGCUUCGAGUGGGUGGACAAGGACGUCGCAGAGGAGUGGAUGGCACAGCAGGAGAUUCUCGAGUCUCGUGGCCUGACCACCGUGCCGGUCACCUUCUACCUGUACACUUCCUCCAACCCCACCAAGGGCCAGAAGAUCUCUGCCACCUCCAAGUCCAUCGACAACUCCAACUUCAACGCCGGCAAUCCCACUCGCUUCGUCAUCCACGGCUGGACCCAGAGCUACACCGCUGGCAUGAACAAGCAGAUCCGCGCCGCCUGGCUGGGACAGGGAGACUACAACGUCAUCGUCGUUGACUGGGCCCGUGCACGUUCCAUCGACUACGCCACCUCUGUCAUGGCUGUCUCUGCCACCGGCAAGAAGGUCGCCAACAUGAUCAACUUCCUGAACUCCAACUACGGCAUGUCCCUGAACGAUCUGUACGUCAUUGGCCACAGUCUGGGAGCCCACGUUGCUGGCUACGCCGGCAAGAACACCAACGGACAGGUUUACACCAUCAUCGGUCUGGACCCCGCACUGCCCCUCUUCAGCUACAACUCCCCCAACAAGCGUUUGAACAGCAAUGAUGCCUGGUAUGUCGAGUCCAUCCAGACCAACGGCGGCCAACUGGGAUUCCUGAAGCCCAUCGGCAAGGGCGCCUUCUAUCCCAACGGCGGCAAGAGCCAGCCCGGCUGCUUCAUGGAUGUCACCGGUGCCUGCUCCCACGGCCGCUCCACCACCUACUACGCCGAGGCUGUCGCCGAGGAUAACUUCGGAACCAUCAAGUGCGGCGACUACCAGUCUGCCGUCAACGACCAGUGCGGCAGCACCUACAGCGGUGUCCGCAUGGGUGCCGACACCAAUGCCUACAUGGUUUCCGGUGACUUCUAUGUGCCCGUGAACAGCAACUCCCCCUUCGGCAUGAUUAACUAAACGAACAUUAAUAAAA